GAAAAGAAAAUUGAGGAGAAAACUGAUGAUUCGUCAUCUAAAGGUGUACGGCAAAAACCAGCCUUCUACGUGCCUCUAUCCAACUGUACUGCUGGGUGUAAACAAACUGUUGUACUGCACUGCAUCAUUGCUGGUUGUCCUGUCCCUGCUGUGUCCUGGUUUAAGGACGGUGUGAAGGUAGCAGAGGACGCAAAUAUCAGUUUAGUCCAGGACAAGGACCAUUACAGGCUUGUCCUGGUUAAUACAAGUCCUAAGGACAAUGGAGAAUACAAGGUUGUAGCAACUAAUUCAGAAGGAACCUCUCAGUCGUCUUGUUCUUUAUCAAUAAUAUCAUCAGACCCUUCUCCUUCUACAUCUGUGGCAGUGACAGCUGAAAAUGCACAUCAAGCGAUGAUAAAAAACAGCUAUACUCACUCAUCAAUUUCUCAGGUUUCUGAAACGCGUUCAUCGUAUUUUUCCGAGUCAAAGAACAGGAGACGAGAAGAUAAAGAACCAAGAUUUAUUCAACCCAUUCUAGGAUGCUUAGUUGAGGUUGGAGCCAGGGUUUCAUUUGAAGGAAUUGUGGAUGGUUUCCCUUCACCAACAUUAGGUAGAUAA